AUGAUCUUCACCGCCCGUUCCUCGUCCUUCUCGACGCCGUCGAAUCCCUUCCACAAUCUAUAUGCGAACGCCGUGCGCGCCCACUCGUCGCCCAUCAAAGCGCUUCGCUCGAGCGCGCUCACGUGCCACGGCUUUUCACCCUCCGCGACGUCUUCGUCCUCAAUCACCCCGAUCCUACGCAGCGCGCUCAGUGCGUACAGAGCUUCUCUCGCGGCGAUCCAUCGAUCGCGCUCGUCCUCGUCCUCGAUCUCUUCGUCCGGCGCCCGCGGAUAG